AUGGAGACAACACAAGCCCUCCUCCUUCUGAGUAUAUGUGUCUACAGUUGUCAUGGCAACCUCCGAUCUGCCCCCAGAGUGCAUUUGUCUUACAAAGAAUUGUUGGAGACCAGAACGAUCCGGCCGUUCAGUUUCUCUUUCAACACCAGUGAUUACCGGAUCCUGCACAUGGACCAGGACCAGGGGCGGCUCUAUUUGGGUAGUCGAGAGUACCUGGUGGCAUUAGACAUGCAAAAUAUAAACAAGGAACCGCUCAUUAUUCACUGGCCUGCAACUGCACAGAGAAAAGCGGAGUGUCGAAUGACUGGAAAGGGAGGACAGGGUGAGUGUGCAAACUUUGUACGUCUGAUUGAGCCGUGGAACCGCACUCAUCUGUACACCUGUGGUACUGGAGCAUACAAGCCCAUCUGCACCUUCAUAAACAGAGGCUGGAGAGCUGAGGAGUAUCUCUUUAGGCUGGUACAAGGUUACGUGGACUCUGGAAAAGGAAAAUGCCCUUAUGACCCACGUCAGGAAAACGCAGCUGCUCUAAUCAAUGGCAAUCUGUAUGCAGGGGUUCAUGUUGACUUUAUGGGCACGGAUCCAGCCAUAUUUCGCACCCUAGGGGACCGACCAGCUGUUAGAACCGAACAGUACGACUCCCGAUGGCUAAACGAGCCUGUGUUUCUUAAGAUCCAGAAGAUUCCAGACAGUGCAGAGAAGAAUGAUGACAAGCUGUAUUUCUUCUUUAGGGAGAAGAGUCUGGAUGCAGCAGGUGGCAGUACCCCUAGUGUUCUGUCCAGAGUGGGACGUGUCUGUCUGAAUGAUGAUGGAGGUCAAAGAUCACUGGUUAACAAAUGGACAACGUUUCUGAAGGCGCGGUUGGUGUGCUCGGUGAUCGGUCCAGAUGGUGUUGAAACCUAUUUUGAUGAACUAAGGGAUGUUUUCAUUCAGCGCACUCAGGAUGAGCGUAACCCGAUCGUGUAUGCUGUGUUCUCGACUGCUGGCUCUGUGUUCAAAGGGUCAGCAGUUUGUGUAUACUCUAUGGGUGAUAUCCGAAACGUCUUUAAUGGGCCCUUCUCCCACAAACAUGGUCACAACUAUCAGUGGACCCCUUACACUGGCAAAAUCCCCUACCCCCGCCCUGGAACAUGUCCAGGAGGAACUUUCACUCCUGGUGUUCACACCACCAAAGAGUUUUCCGAGGAGGCAGUGAAUUUUGUGCGUGCCCAUCCACUUAUGUAUCACCCCAUAUACCCUAUCCACAAGCGCCCCCUAGUGGUUCGGACUGGCGUAGACUACCGUUUCACCACUAUAGCAGUGGACCUGGUGGAUGCUGUGGACGGGAGAUAUGAAGUGCUUUUCCUGGGAACAGAUCGUGGAACAGUUCAAAAGGUCAUUGUUCUGCCAAAAGAUCCCAGCACAACAGAGGAGCUCAUUCUGGAGGAGGUGGAAGUUUUCAAGACUCCAGCCCCGGUGAAAACAUUGAAAAUUUCCUCUAAAAGGCAACAGUUGUAUGUGUCAUCAGAGAGAGGCCUGACCCAGGUCUCUCUGCACAGAUGUGCUGUGUAUGGAAAGGCCUGCUCGGACUGCUGCCUAGCCCGGGACCCCUACUGCGCCUGGGACGGAGAGAGCUGUUCCCCCUUCACGGCAGCCACCAAGAGGAGAAGCAGGAGACAGGAUAUCAAACAUGGAGAUCCUAUGCGUCAGUGCAGAGGUUUCAACGCUAAAGUAGAGAAGCGACUGAAGGAGACAGUACAGUUUGGGGUGGAGGGAAGCAGCACUUUUCUGGAAUGUCAGCCCAGAUCCCCUCAAGCUACAGUCAAAUGGCUCUACCAAAAAGAUGGCAAGCGUAAAGCACUGAAUCGAGAUAAAGAGGUGUUGAAAACAGCUCAAGGGAUCCUGUUGAAGUCUCUGACUCAGACAGAUGCCGGUGUCUAUCACUGUCUGGCCACAGAAAACAACUUUAAACACACUGUGUCUCGUGUGGCUUUGCGUAUUCUGGACAGAGAGAUCGUUGAGGCUUUGACAGCGCCGGACAGCCCCCCAGAACAACAGCACCAAAAACACCACCCACACCAUCAUCAUCCCCCACCCCCACCACCUCCACCUCAAACCAGACCCCCCCAACUCCCUCCCCAACCAGAGGUACGCCUCAUCAACCAGUACUGCCAAUCGUACUGGCAGCAGUUCAAUCCCAGUGAGCCACAGAAAGCCAAACGCACAAACAGGAGACACGCAGAGAGGCACGUAGCAAAUGAGUACCAAGACCACUGA